AUGAGUUUGUUUUUCAAGUCGCCUAUCGAUAUAGAAGUCCUGCUUGAUGGAGAAGAAUCUAGGAAACAUGUUGAGGUUGCCAAUGCGUCCAAUAACUCUACCGCGAAAACGUUGAAAGAUAGAUUUCCAGUCUAUGAGGACGGGGAGAGCGUAAGUGGCAUUGUUACCUUGAGAGUAAAGGAGGGCCGUAAGCUUGAACACCUUGGAGUAAAAGUUAGCUUAAUCGGAAGUGUCGAUAUUUCAAAGUCUAGCUCUGAUUACAAGAAGCGCCCCGUCGACACAUUUUUGAGCCUUUCUGCUGACUUAUGCCCCCAGGGGGAAUUAAUGCACUCUCAAAGCUUUCCUUUCAGCUUCAAGGAUGUCGAAAAGCGAUAUGAUUCUUACAGAGGCAAGAACGUCGAUGUCUCAUAUUACGUUAAAGUCACCGUAUUACGCAAAUCAACUGAUGUUGUGAAGUUCAAGCGUUUCUGGUGCCUACUUUACAACAGUGAGCCUCCUGCUCCAGCUUUAUCUAAGUCUUCAGACGACGCUAAGCCGGUCAAGCUUGAUAUAGGUAUUGAAAACUGCCUUCACAUCGAGUUUGAAUACUCGAAGUCGCAAUACUCGUUGAAGGAUGUCAUAGUUGGAAGGAUAUACUUCUUGCUUACGAGACUGAAAGUUAAACACAUGGAGCUGAGCCUUGUAACGCGAGAGACAUGUGGCCUAGAGCCCAACCAAUUGUCGGAUACAACUUCCAUUCGCUACGAGAUAAUGGACGGAUCCCCUGUAAAAGGCGAAACGAUACCAAUCCGGCUAUUCCUGGGCGGUUACGAUUUGACGCCUAACAGCAAUUUUAACCAUUUCAGCAUCAGGAACUAUCUUAGUUUGGUAAUCAUCGAUGAAGACGGGAGAAGAUACUUCAAACAAUCAGAAAUUGUUCUCUACCGGAAAAGAAACUAG